AGCUGAGCCCAAACUAAGUUCGAGCCAAUGUCGUUCAAUUAGACAUCAUCGUCAUUAUAAUGUACAACAACAACAACCAAAGCUCCGACCACAAGCCACCACCCAUGAGUCCUCGGAUCUCUUUCUCCAACGACUUUGUCGAGUCCAGCAGGUCCUACUACAGGGACGCCCCCGUUUCCACCGAUUUCGAGUUCUCUGUCUCCACCAACCAGCACCCCACGGCGGCCAUGACCGCCGACGAGCUCUUCUCCAAGGGCAGGCUACUGCCCUACCGAGAGGCACCCCGCCCCGCGGCUGCCCCUAAUGGCACUACUAGGCCCACCACUCUCAAGGACGAGCUUCUUGUUGAGGACUCUGAUUUUUCCUCUCUCAAGCCCCCCAAGAGCUCUGCCAGGUGGAAAGGCUUUUUGGGCCUCAGAAAGUCUCACAUUGGGUCCAAAAGAGUUGACCAUAAUAAGAAUGAAGAUGAUAAGAGAGAGGAGAUGCAGGAUCCGGAGUUUCAAUUCUGAUUGAUUGAUAGUUUGACGACGUUAUGCUUCUUAGAGUCUAUAUAAAGCUACAUUCUUGCAAGAAUUGGUGCUUCAUUGGUGAGGGGGGGGGAUAUAAUUCAUUUGUGUUGUAGCCAUAUCUUAAUUAGCCAGCUAGGAAUUAGUAUGACUUCUCUUUUAAAUUAAUUAGAAAGUUUGUUCUGGGUGUGGAGAGACACGCAUCGACAUUACGAAUGUUUAAUGUUUAUGCGUGUUUCUUUGGAAGAUGGGGUAAUGUAGCAUUUCUUAAGAUGUUUCAAGUUUGUUAGAUUAGUCUUUUGGUUGAUUGACUUGUUUCUUUAAUCAAUUUUUCGUUCUUCU